AUGGCGGAGUUUAGCAUCGACUCAAAUUUCAUCCCAGCACUUCACAAACCUCCCGCGUUGCUUCCCAUCGCCAAACAUCGGGAGAGCUUACUGUACGUCAUCGAGAAAUCUCCAGUCACCAUUGUCAUUGGACAAACAGGAUCAGGAAAGACAACACAAAUUCCCCAGUUUCUUGAAAAUGCUGGCUGGUGCUCCGACGGCAAGAUAAUCGGCAUCACGCAACCCCGGAGGGUUGCGGCCACAACUGUGGCAGUACGUGUUGCCGAAGAAUUUGGCUGUGAGAUUGGGAAAGAAGUCGGAUACUCUAUAAGAUUUGAAGAUGUCACCUCAUCUUCGACGCGCAUCAAGUUCCUGACCGAUGGACUGCUCAUCCGCGAGGCCUUGGUUGACCCAUUGCUGAGCAGAUAUUCCGUCAUCAUGGUUGAUGAGGCGCACGAGCGGUCAAUCAGCACAGAUGUUUUGCUUGGAUUGCUGAGGAAAAUAAGAAGGAAACGACCCGACCUGCGCAUCAUCAUCAGCAGCGCAACGCUCCAGGCAGAGGACUUUUUAAAAUUCUUCUCAGAGGGCCCCGAGGACACGACAGCAGGCAAACCUGCCUCGAAAGGAAAUGAAAUUGCAACCAUUGUCAGUCUCGAAGGGAGAACAUAUCCGAUUGACAUCCUCUACCUCGAAUCGUCAGCUGAAGAUUAUGUGGAGAAAGCCAUCAAGACAGUCUUCGACAUACAUACCCAGGAAGGUCCUGGCGACAUACUCGUCUUCUUGACUGGCCGGGAGGAAAUCGACACUGCCGUCCAGGCCGUAUCUGAACGAGCCUCGCAACUAGAUGCCAGACAAGGCGCGCUCCAACCGCUACAUUUAUACGCCGGUCUCUCCACCGAAGAGCAAAUGUAUGUAUUCGAUAAAACCCCCGAGAAUACUCGCAAGGUGGUUUUUUCGACAAAUAUCGCCGAGGCUUCAGUUACGAUCGAGGGCAUUGUCUACGUGGUGGACUGCGGUUUCGUGAAGCAACGCGCUUACAACCCAAAGACCGGCAUUGAAACGUUAACCGCGACUCCCGUAUCAAAGGCAUCAGCACAGCAGCGAGCCGGAAGAGCUGGUCGGACGAAACCAGGAAAAUGCUUUCGACUGUACACUGAAGACAGUUAUGGCGCGUUGCCUGAUGCCAACAUACCCGAAAUUCAGAGAUCGAACCUAGCACCGAUAAUCCUACAGCUCAAAGCGCUUGGCAUUGACAACAUUGUGAGGUUCGGUUUUCUGUCACCUCCCCCGGCCGAACUUGUGUCCAAAGCUCUUGAGCUUCUUUAUGCCCUCGGAGCUUUGGACGAAUAUGCCAAGCUCACCAGGCCGCUGGGAUUCAGGAUGGCGGAGGUUGCCGUGGAACCAAUGAUGGCAAAGACUCUACUCUCCUCGCCAGGUUUCAGAUGCACUAGUGAGAUACUCACCAUCGCUGCCAUGACUAGCGUCGGUGGGAGCGUAUGGUUUCACCACGAUGGCGAACGAAAGAAGAUGGAGACAUCAAGACGGAAGUUCGCUGCAGAGGAGGGUGAUCACCUGACGUAUCUGAACGCCUACCAGACCUUUGUGUCGAAGGGCAAGAAGGAACCCAAGUUUUGCCAUGAGAACAAUCUCAACUACAAGGCAAUGGCACGGGCAGUCAGUAUACGUGCACAGCUGAAGCGUUAUCUGGAGCGCUUUGACAUUCAGGUGGACGAGACGAGCGCAGCAUCUCGGCCGGAGAACCCGCUUGAGAAAGCAGAGCAGAUACGGAGAUGCCUGACCGCCGGCUACUUUGCCCAUGCCGCACGAAUGCAGCCUGACGGGACAUUUAGAAGCGUAGAGGGAGGAGUUGUCCUCCACGCACAUCCCAGCUCUUUGAUGUUUAAUCGGAAGGCUGACUGGGUCAUCUUUCACGAGGUCAUGGAGACGGGCAACAAGAUCUUCAUCCGCGACGUGACGAAAAUAGAUAGAGCGUGGCUUCUGGAAGCAGCACCGGAAUUUUACAAGCUGACUGGUUAG